AUGAGCCCUGAAUGUGAUGAUUUGGGAACAGCUGACAGUCUGUGCUCAAACAAUUUCCAGGAGCUCACCUCUCCAGGAGACCCUCGCCGUGAGUGUGAAUCACGCGGAUCAAGGAAAGAUCCCUUGAUUCACGGAGGGAAGAACUCCUACAAAUGCAAGGACUGUGGGAAAGGGUUUAUCAAGAAUUGCCGCCUUCUUCAACAUCAGCAGAUUCACACUAAAGUAAAACUCUACAAGCCCUAUGAGUGCAUGGAGUGCGGAAAAGCCUUCAGCCGUAGGUCACACCUCACAGAGCACCAGCGGAUUCACAGUGGAGAGAAGCCCUUUGAGUGCAUGGAGUGUGGGAAGGCCUUCAGCCGCAGGUCACACCUCACAGAGCACCAGCGUACUCACAGUGGAGAGAAGCCCUAUGUGUGCAGUGAAUGUGGAAAGGCCUUCGCCCACCUCUCUGAUUUUAUUCGGCAUAAUAGAACCCACACUGGGGAAAAACCCUUUGAGUGCAAAGAAUGUGGGAAAGCCUUUUGUGACAGCUCUUCAGUAACUCGACACAUGAGGUGUCACUCUAGGGAGAAGCCCUAUGAGUGCAGUGAGUGUGGAAAGACCUACAGCUAUAGCUCAACCCUCACUACCCAUCAAAAGAUUCACAGGGGAGUGAAAUCCUACAAGUGUAACAGAUGUGGGAAGGCCUUUUACCAGAAAGCAGGCCUCAGUCAACAUCAGAGAACUCAUACUGGGGACAGACCUCUUUAA